CUGUCAUUAUUAUACUGGGACUUCACAUUUACAGCAGUCACAUCUCUAUUUUCUUUGAUUUCACAAAACAAGUGGAAGUUUUGCUACUUUUUGCCUUUAAUUGCUACCAAAUGUUAAGCACUAACAUGAUUUCUGAAGAUUUGAUUGAUAAGCACUCCAUGUACUUGAACUAUAUUAAACCAUCUGAGACUGUCGACGUCGAUACAGCGGAGUAUACCGAAGGGCUAGAAACAUUGCAACCCAUGGACCACAAAUCUCAAAUCAAUAAUCAUCAUUCUAUUGAGGGCAUAUUAGCUGGACGGAAAGAAAUGGACAGAUUACACAAAGAAUUUAUUGACCAUACAACUAAGAAUUCAGAAACUUCUCCGGAAAACAAAAAUAAAACUCCAAAGUCGGAUAAAGGAGUUUCUAAGGAUCUUAAUUCAUCGGUUGAUAGCUUAUCACGAAAGUCGGAAUCAACGGAGGACGAAGAUGAAAAUAUAAAGAAGGAAGAAACUGACGACGCUAGAAAUAAAAAGAGACGAAAUAGGACGACAUUCACAAGUUUUCAGUUGGAAGAAAUGGAACGUGUUUUCCAAAAGACUCAUUAUCCAGACGUAUAUGCGCGGGAACAGUUAGCUCUUAGAUGUAACUUAACCGAAGCCAGAGUACAGGUCUGGUUCCAGAACAGAAGAGCCAAGUGGAGGAAGCGAGAACGUUAUGGCCAGAUCCAAACUAUGAGAGGGAUGACAUCGGGACCGUUUGACAUGGGACUAGGUAGACCAGAAUCAUAUUCACAGAUACAGCACAAUCCUUGGAUGGGAGGGCACCAGAUGCCAUACUCAAUGCAGAAUUCAAAUUGUAUGGUAAACCAUUCGCAAGUACCAAGUUUCAUGAACCUUGCUCAUCCGGGACACUUCCCGCCAUCCCAGACAGGACUCCAUCAAUCACCCAUCUCAUUAAAUGGUACCCAGUCGCCAUCGUUUGAAUGUGAGCCUACCGAACGGCGGAGUACCAGUAUAGCUGCCUUACGAUUAAAAGCACAUGAACAUAGUGUAGCAAUGGGUUUAUUUAGUGCGUACGGGAAGUAAACACAAUAUAAUACAAUGUUAUGUGCACAAACAAAUACACUAAUUAUUUAAUCAUAGUGUUAAUUGACUAUCUGUGAAGCGAUAAACAAUAUUCUGGUUCAGCAAAAAAAUGGUGCUAUAUAUAUAUAUAUAUAUAUUGAGUAAUGGCGUUGAGGUGGAAAGUCCGUGAUUGCAACACGAAAAAUGGAAGUGUUCUUAAACGAUGUCAGAAGGAAAUGAAACAUAUCUAAAGAUUGACAUUGUAAUAAGUAACUAUAGUAAUGUAAGAUCUGCAAAGGUCUAAUUUCUAAUUAAUAAACUAUUGAAUCUUUCUAACAAUUAAAAGCCGGGUUUCUCUUGUUAGAAUAUUAUGGUCUGUUCAUAUAAAUGUGCAGAUCUAAAUUUUUUACGACUUUUGUUUCAUUUGAAGAAAAAGCAUUAUUAUAUUUUUCACAUGCUGGAAUGCAGGUUUGAGACAUUAUUUACUAUUAGCCUUCUUUUGAUAUGCGAAUAUAACACCAUGCUAGAAGAACUUACAACAUUGUAAAACUAUUAUGUAUCUUCAAUUAAAGGACCGAACCACUCA